AUGUUUAAUCACCAAACUCAAGAUGCCUCUCAAAUACCAAACACAGCUGGUGACAAAAGGUCCCUUUGGGAGGAGGUGUGCGCUGAGUUUGAAGCAAAGCUGCCCACUCCUCCAGAUGGGACAUGUUCAGAACACUCUAAAGAUAGCAGCACAUCCUCAAAGGUGCUCCUGGAUGAUGACGAGGAAGAGGAGAACACUCUUCUUGUAGACCUGGACCCCCUGCUGCACCACCCAGCCCAUGCCGGUUUCUCUGUCUUUGGGGUCCAUCCUCCCGUCAGCCACAGAAAAGGAGCUCACCCUCCUUUCUAUCCGCAACCCUUCCAACAUCCUGUCACGCAGUACAUGGAAGAGAAGGUGUUCCCUGUGCUUUUGCCUGGGCUUGAGGCGGUGCUCAAAGAAGCCCAGAAGCAAGGAUGUUUGCAGAAAAAAGUAAUAACAUUUAACCCCAUUGACUUCCUGGUGGAGUGGCUCUACAAUCACAACCCCCGCAGAAAAGGACAACCUCCACGACAAUUUAACAAUAUUCCAUUCGUCAGAGCCUGGCUCAGUAUGCAUCCGAGGCCCCCCAUCCCUCUCUACCUGCAGUUGAGCGACGAUCAGGCUGCGCUGAUCAUCCAGUCUUUCUGGAGGGCCUACAAGGUCAGGGCACAGCCUCACGUGCAGGAGCUGCGCCGGUGGCAAAAGGGCUUGAGGGAAACCCGCGACAUUUCCAAGGCCGUUUCGGACUUCUGGGCUCGAGUCGAGAGGCGAGUGGGCGCAUCUAUGACAACCGAAACAGCUGAAAGCACCGAGUCUGAGAUUUCUGAUGUGUCUGUCACCAUGCUAUCCCCCACCCUGCUGAGCACGGCUUUCCCCACGCCAUUGAUCACCCCGGACGGCAGUGAGAGGCUGAUACCUAGCCUGCCUGAUGUGGACGAGCUAAGCCAUGCAGAUUCUACUUCCAAGGCGUCAUCAACAUCGACUUAA